GCGUCAAUUCUCUCAAUUUUCCUCUCCUUUUCAUUGCUCUUUAUUAUUGACCACCGCACCUCGGCUGCACCAUCACCACAAAUCCAACAAGCCUGUAAAGCUACAAGAUAUCCUGAUACAUGCGCAACCACUUUAUCGGACGUAAAAGAUAUUCCACCAACCCCCGAGCCAAUUCAAAUUAUUCAUUCGGCAAUACAGGUGUCACAGACUGGGCUUAAAACGUCCAUGACAAAGUUACAAGCUCUCCUCCAAACAUCGGCAAGCAAUUUUAAUCUCUCGACUAAUGUGAGAAUUAGUUUGGAAACUUUGCGUUAUGCAGACUCCAGGAUUAAUUCAACGGGUGUGGCUCUGUCACAAGGAAAGAUCAAGACGGCACGUGCUUGGAUGGGCGCGGGCAUUAGUAACCAACAUGGUGCUCUUACGGGACUUGCUAAGUACAUUAAUGAUACAACUAUGGUUAAUGAGACGAUGCAGGUUCUUAAUUCUUCGACAGUACUUGCAAGUAAUGCCCUUGGUAUGAUCAGGGCUUAUGAUUUGUUUGGGAACCAAACCGUGUCAUGGGACACGCCCAAAACAGAGCGAGAUGGGUUGUGGGAAGCUUCACCCAAGCAGGGUUCUGAGUUAUGGAGUUUGCAGUUUCCGCAGGGACUAGUGCCUAAUGUGACUGUGUGUAAGGUUGGCUGUGAUUGUUCGAGUGUUCAGCAAGCAGUGGAUCGGGCACCACCGAAUAGCAUGACAGCUGAAGAGGCUGUUGAUAUCGCAGCAGUUAAUAGGGGAAAGCAGUUUGUGAUUUUGAUUAAGGAAGGAGUUUAUGCUGAAAUGGUUAAGGUGGCAUUUGAGAAGACAAAUGUUGUGUUUUUGGGAGAGGGAAUUGGCAAAACUGUUAUCACAGGUUCCUUGAAUGUCGCCAUGCCCAACGUGACUACACGGAGCUCAGCUACACUAUCUGUGUAUGGUGAUGGUUUUAUGGCAAGCAAUAUGACAAUAGAAAACAGUGCUGAAAUUGAUGUACAAGCCGUGGCAUUGUUAGCGGAUAGUGAUCGCACCCUAAUCGAGAACUGUGCAAUUCUUGGGCAUCAGGACACACUUUAUGCCAAUGCACUCCGCCAAUAUUACAAAUCUUGCCAGAUUGAAGGAACCGUAGAUUUCAUAUUCGGCAAUGCCAUUGCAUUCUUCCAAGAUUGCACCAUCUUAGUUCGACCACGAGUAACCACCCCGGAAGUUGGUGAUCAGAGUGCCAUUACAGCACAUAGUAGAAUGGAUCCGUCUCAAGUAAGCGGCUUUGUUUUCCAGAAUUGUGUGAUCAAUGGUACGGACAAGUACGCGGAAUUGUACCGAAUCAAUCCAAAAGUACACAAUUAUUUCCUAGGGCGGCCCUGGAGGGAGUUCGCCAGGACAGUUUAUAUCAGUUGUGUGAUGGAUAUUGUAUGUCCUGAAGGUUGGUCCAAAUGGGUUGGAGAUCAAGGACUGCAGACACUUUAUUAUGGAGAAUUUAAUUCUACUGGCCCCGCCGCCAAUCCAGUUGGCCGAGUGCCCUGGAGUAACCAGAUUCCUCCUGAUCAUGUUGCAUCAUAUUCUUUGCAAAAUUUCAUUCAAGGCUCUCUCGAACCAGCACCUGCCGCAUAGAAUUAUAUAACUUUUUUCACUGGCUUGUAACGUGAAAUGCACCCAUAUCUUCUGAAAAUUUGUUUAUUUU